AUGUCCCGGACUACUUUUACACCAUCCCCCGAACAGGAGUUAUCGAAACUUGACAUGGCGGACGGGGAAUUAAAAACUCCCUUGUCGACAACGCCAACCGAAGAUUUUAACCCACUGGCGGAAGAUCCAGACAAUUUCAUCAGUGGACAUUCUCCUCAAAGACAAGGUCAUGAUGAUGCAGAUUGUAGUGGAAGUGAAGAAGAGAGUGAUUACCAAUGUAAUUCUAUGGAAGAAAUGUCAACAGGAAACUUGUAUGGUGUCACCCCACCAACUUAUAUGCGUGGAGUAAAAAGAGACAAGAAAAAACACCAGACAAACAUUCAAAAAUCAUCCUAUAAACAAUUUACAGAACUGAAGAAGGCCUCCAAGAAGUCACAUCGAAAUGCGGUUAUAAAAGAAAGGAUCUGGAAAUAGCUGCCGACAUUAAUAUUGCAAUGACCACAGUUUUUAGCUACACUUAAAACAAAUAAUGUUGUGAUGGUAAGUAUGUGAUUGUGUCUCUAGCUUGAAGCAGUGAAGUCUAGGCCAUCUUCUCCACACUUUGUAACAGAAAGUGACAUCAUUUAAUCA